CGUCACUUCCAAGGUCUCCAUGCAGCCCAACGACAGAUACUUUCACCUCAUGCACCUUUACCUCACCACAGUCAAGCGGCGGACAUCACCUCAACCAUGACCAUAAAAGCAGAAUCCUUCCAGUUCGAGGACUACGCCUAUGGGAUGCGAAAGUCUGGCUUCGGCCAUGCCUUGCUCAACCCAGCCUCCGAUCUCGACGCCUACCCCGGUGUCUGCGGCUUCAUCGACGACAGGGGCGACUGGCAGAGAAUCGUUGACGUGACCAAGCCGCAAGAACUCAAAGCCUUUGGCCUAAGCCCCUUCGUAGGACGAACGUGGGAAAAGCGGCGAGAAAGCUCCAAAUGGGGUCCCAAGACAACGGAAACCGUCAGCAGGGUUGCGAUCUCAACAUCUGCCGCAACUCAAGCCAACAUUCCUGCCACCUUCUCCUCUGCCUACAGAUAUGAGCUUAAGGGGGAGUUUGGGGCGAUCCUCCUGUGCAAUGAUCCGGUCGAGAAGAGAUCGUUUGGGCUCAAAGACCCCUUCAGCACAUGGGCGAACAAGAAUGCCAAGGAUCUCCUGAGGAGGUUCCCUGACAUCAAGAAGAGCGGCGGUUUUUAUGUUAUCACAUCGACUAUAGCGGCGAGGGAUAUCCGGAUUACUACUUGGACUACUAAGGGCACAUCGGUUGUCAUUGGGGCCUCAGCUGAGAUUGAUAAUGUUGCGAAGAUUGAUGCUUCGACUAAGUUUUAUGUUGGUGAGACUGCUACGGAGUGGCAUGAGCCACAGGUUGAGGAAGGCGAGAAGAAAGUGUUGUUCUUUGGUGGCGUCUACAUCAAGUACAGUAGACUCUGGCCAUUGCGAGAAAAGGACCAAAAGAAGUGGAGUGGUUAUCGCGGUAGUGACGACGGGAAAGUCAUGAUUGAAGAGGACAAUUACGCAUGGGAUGUUGAAGCUUGCCAGAUUUGA